AUGAGCAAGAGGGUUGUUUUGAUUGAUAACUAUGAUUCAUUCACUUGGAAUAUAUAUGAGUAUCUUUGUCAGGAAGGUGCUGUUGUGACUGUUCAUCGCAACGACGCAAUUUCAGUGGAUGGGGUUGAAGCUUUAAAACCUGAUAUUCUAUUUAUUUCUCCUGGGCCAGGCCAUCCUUCCAAAGAUUCGGGUAUUUCUGCGGAUUGCAUUAGGUAUUUUGCAGGUAAGAUUCCGGUCUUUGGUGUCUGCAUGGGUCAGCAUUGUAUAUAUGAGGUCUUUGGAGGGGUAGUAGGUUCUGCGGGAGAAAUUGUUCAUGGCAAGACAUCCCCUAUACAUCAUGACAGCAAGGGGAUCUUUAAGGGUGUUCCUCAGGGUGUGCUUGCUACCAGGUAUCAUUCCUUAGCUGGUUUGAAGGACACUCUACCAGAUAGUUUUGAAGUCAGUGCCUGGACGGAAAAUGACAUAAUCAUGGGGAUAAGACAUAAAGAGUAUACUAUUGAAGCGGUGCAGUUUCAUCCUGAGUCUAUUCUUACGGAAGAGGGGCAUUUGAUGAUAAAGAACAUGUUAAGCACUACAGGUGGUACUUGGGCUGAUAAUUUCAAUGCACAGGAGGCAAACUUGACUGCUCAGAACUCCAUAUUGGACCAAAUUUAUCUAAAAAGACAGAAGGAUUUGGAAUUGCAGUCUGGCACACCUGGUUUGAGGUUUGCGGACUUGGAAGCAAACUUUAAGUUGGGCCUAGCCCCUCCUAUUUUGGAUUUCUACAAGAAAUUGGCUACCGCUCCAGGUAGUGUAUCGAUUUUGGCUGAAAUCAAGCGUGCUUCUCCUUCCAAGGGCGACAUUUCUAUUAAUGUAAUCGCCGCUCAACAGGCUCUAAAGUAUGCUAAUGCUGGAGCAUCUGCCAUUUCAGUGUUGACUGAACCCUAUUGGUUUAAAGGUUGUUUAGAGGAUCUCGUCAACGUUAGGAAGGUUUUCGACGUUGAGUUUUCUCCGGAGGAAAGGCCAUGCAUCUUGAGAAAGGAAUUCAUAUUUAGCAAGUAUCAAAUACUUGAAGCUAGAUUAGCGGGUGCAGAUACUGUUUUGCUCAUCGUUAAGAUGCUUACUCAAGAGAAAUUGAAGGACUUGUAUGAAUAUGCUAAAAGUCUAGACAUUGAGCCCCUAGUUGAGGUGAGCUCAAAAGAAGAGCUUGAUCGCGCCUUGGAGUUGAACGCCAGGGUCAUUGGAGUAAAUAACAGGGAUCUGAAUUCCUUUAAUGUUGAUCUGGGUGUAACCAGUUCCCUCGUUAAGUAUAUACCAGAUGGCACUUUGCUGCUUGCUCUUUCUGGUAUUAGUAGUGGGAAAGAGGCAGAAAAAUAUAAGAUUGAAGGUGUGCGAGGCUUAUUGGUAGGUGAAGCACUAAUGAAAUCAGAUGAUGUUGAUGCUUUUAUCCAGGAACUAGUUAAGUGA